AUGACCGGCUACGGAGCAUUGGCUGCGAUGAUGGCCAACAACAACAAUAUCGAGGCCUUCAGAAGGUUCUCCAACCUAAACGUCGAGAACAUUCUGCAUAUGCAGGCUGAACUACAGCAUCUGGAAACGGUGAUCCAUGAAGUCAGGGCUAUUCCAGAGUUGAACAGCUUCGAUCGGAUCUGGAUUGACAGUCCCGAAAACAUGUCCGAGGAUGACAUCCGCCGGAUUUUUGAGCGGUCAAGGACCCUGCUGGACCAAUAUUAUCGAGCACUGUUGCGGACAGCAAGAAUCAACUCGCUGCAUCGGCCCCCGAAAGAAAACCUCGAGCUUCGCAGGCAAUGGUACGACGAAGAAAGUGGUGGUGAUCAGUUUUUGUAUGGCGUGGAAGCUGGCAUAUUCCGCGACUCGAGCAUCGAGGCAGACAUGUUGACUCUGGGCGAUAAUAUCGGAAGCAAAGACGCACUAGCCAACUUCCUCAGCGAGAAGGUUGUGCCGUUUUACCACCGCUUCGUAGGCUACAGACUUCACCGGUCAAUGGCAGAAAAGGCGUUCGAGCGGACAUGGGAGUACCGCCCGGAGACUUUGGUGCACGCUGGGAACGCCAUAUGCAUGCUGUUGUCAGCCGUCAUACCGGCCUCGUCCAUUCUGGUGCUUUUCAGCGUCAAGAGUAUGGGGGCUCGGCUGGUUGCCAUCAGCAUGAUGAGCCUGGUCUUCUCCUUUCUGAUGAAUAUAAUUGCUCAGAGGCGGGCUGACGUCUUCAUGUCCACAACAGCAUUCGCAGCGGUGCUUGUCGUGUUUGUGGGCUCAGCAAACGUGAUGGGCAACUGA